UAUAACGUCCGUUAGUUUGGACAUACUCAGAGUUCGGACAUUUAUUACGUUUAUAGCGUAUCGACUACACAUUAGCGUUGGCAAGUUUGAAACGCAUUCUUUACUUUUGGAAAGACAAGUAUAAAAUUUGCUGCGGUAAACUUUAUCAUGAGUGAAAACGUGAAAUUUAUUGUGACAGAAAUAAAUAAAUUAUUAGGACGUAAUUAUAAUAUAAUCGGAUUCAAUACUUUAAACUCCGAAGAUUUAUUGCAGAUAUUAUGCAGCAUUUUGAUGAAGGUACAGCAACAAGAUGGAUCAGAUACUGAUAUUAAAUUGAAUUUGCCAGAAGAAAAUUCUGUAUACAUUUUAACAGCCCUUCGAAUACUUAAUUAUCAGCCUGAUGUGGAUCCCGUAACAUUUAGGUAACUUGUAGAUUUUAGACCUUAAU